GCCUUGAAGAAUUUCCUUGAUACUGCUGAAGCUGAAGUAAGGUCACUUAUCUCCUUGUACUCUGAAGUGGGAAGAAGUGCAGAUUCAUUGUCUCAGUAUUUUGGGGAGGAUCCAGCUAGGUGCCCUUUUGAACAAGUCACACAAAUCUUGGCUGUCUUUGUUAAGAUGUUCAAUAAAGCACGUGACGAGAAUGAGCAGCAGGCAGAUGCUGAAAAGAAGAAAUUAGAAAAGGAAGCCAUGAAAGAGCUGGCAGCAGCCCAAUCUGCGAAUGAUCGCUCAAAACCUAGUUUCCGAAUUCAGAAACAUGCUCCUUGAUCAGUCUGUACUAAAGCAGCAGGAAACCUUACUAGCGGUGAUGUGGAGGAUAAUAUGUCGGUUGCAUCUCCCCCGAUAUUCAUAAUCAUGAAUUGUGCCAGUUAUUCCAUGUUACAUGUGGUGCCGCUGCAGCUGACACUGCCUUCACUGCUGCCAGAAUUUGUUUAUGAAAAUGUGUGUAUCCUCCGAUUUGUAUAUUUACAUGGUUGGUCCAUCAGCAUUUUCAGGGCCAGUUAGCAGCCAGCUUCAAUUAUGCCUUCGCACCUCCAUUUUAUCAAUUUUUGUACACCUAUCUAAAAUGCAGAGGACACUCUAAAUGUGAUACGGAAUGCCCAAAUUGUCAAUAUUCAAGUUUCAAAAUAUAUGUGACAAGUUCAGCAACAAGUGGUUUUAUCUAUGGAAGAGAAAUCUCUCUCUCUCU